GCGGGAAUUCAACAGUUGAAAAUCAGAAUACGCACAAGUAACCAAGCGACAAGAAAAACAAUUUACAUUCAAAAUGUCACUUAUGCCGUAUUGGGCGCGUCAUUUGAGGAAUCUUGCCCUACGAGAUCCCGUCGCGAGGGCGUUUGAGGAUCCUUUCGCCAUCUUGGCUCGCGAUCCUUUCUUCCGCGACUCUAUAAAGUUCAUCAAGGAGGUAACAGCGCCUCUGCAGCAUGGGAUUGAAGGUGUGUACUCCGACGCCGAAGUCAAAGUCGACGGGAAGAAAGUCGAAGUGCAUUUGGACGUGCAGAAUUUCACUCCCGAUCAGAUCCAAGUGAAGACAGUGGGGAAUGAAAUCAUGGUGGAGGGUAAAAAGGAGGUGAAACGGGAGGAUGGUUGGACAAGGAGUCAUUUUGAGAGGAGAUUCCUGCUCCCUGAAGGUUUUCCUCCAGAGAGGGUGGAGUGCCAUCUUGAUAAGGGGAAGCUGCUGCUAGUCGCCUUCAGAUCUGAACCUCUAGAAGAGAGGACUAUCAAGAUUAAUGCCAAAGAAGAGAAGGAACAGGCGAAGAUUGAGAAGAACUGAGGCAUUUAGGUGUUUAAGUUUAGGUUCUAAAUUAUGAUUUUGUGAUAUUACUUUUAAUAAAAUUUGGCUUACUUUAAAAGUUGUU